ACUGUGCUGUGCUUCUGGCUAGGGAGAGCCCCGGCUGCGACCCGACGGUGUCCCACGGUGCACUUGUGGGUGGGUGAGUGGGGCAGCAUCCUUGCGGCUAGGGCGAAGGCAUCAGUGCGACCAUUCGCACCCAGCAGAAGACCGCUUCGGGUAACGGUGCUCUACCGCAGCGACAAUGUCCAGCCAGGUCGUUCCAGCCCUCCCCAAACCAUCUUCCAGUAACCUGGACCUGUGGAGGGAAAAGAACGACCGGCUUGUUGGACGGGCUAGGCAGCUGAUUAAGGAUUCUCGUCCUUCUCUGAGGCGACAGCAAUUGGCCCAAGACACACUGGAAGGGUUUGGGGAGCUCCUUCUCACUCUUCAAGGACUCCCUGCUGCUGUUCCUGCUCUCCCUUUGGAGUUGACCGUCAUCUGUAAUUAUAUAAUCCUGAGGGCUAGCCUGGCCCAGGACUUCACUGAAGACCUUUCCCAGGAUGUUCAAAGGGGCUUAGAGCGAGUGCUAGAGACCCAGAAUCAGCUGGGGCCCAAGUCGCAGCCCAGACUCAGGGAGCUGUGGCACUCUGUCCUCUCUGCUUCCUCCCUUCUACCGGAGCUGCUGCCUGCCUUACACUGCCUGGCCAGCCUUCAAGCUGUCCUAUGGAUGAGUACUGACCACCUAGGGGACCUGACCUUGCUGUUGCAAACCCUGAAUGGCAGCCAGACUGAGGAUCUGCUGGUACUGCUGAAGUCCUGGAACCCCCCAGCUCAGAAGUCACUUGCUCCACUGAUGCUGCAGGAUGCUGAGGGGUUGAGGGAUGUCCUACUGACAUCAUUUGCCUGCCGCCAAGGCCUCCAGGAGCUAGUCGCAGGGAGCCUAUCCCGUGCUCAGAGCAGCCUGCAUGAAGCAGCCUCGGGUGUGUGUCCACCAUCUGUGCUAGUCCAGGUGUACACAGCGCUGGGGACAUGUCUCCGUCAGAUGGGAAACCCACAGAGAGCACUGCUGUACUUGACCGAAGCCCUCAAAGUGGGAGUCGCUUGUGCCCUUCCCCUUCUGGAGGCUUCCAGAGUGUAUCGGCAACUAGGAGACACAGCAGCAGAGCUAGACAGUCUGGGGCUGCUGGUUGAGGCCUUGAGUGCCACCCAUAGUUCCGAAACACUCAAACUUUUCAUUGAGGUGGAAUUGCUACUUCCACAACCUGACCCAGCGUCUCCUCUUUACUGUGGUACACAGAGCCAGGCCAAGCACCUGCUAGCAAGUCGAUGCCUACAGACAGGGAGGGCGGCAGAUGCUGCGGAGCAUUACCUGGACCUACUGGCUAUGUUGCUGGGUAGCUCAGAGCCACAGCUCUCCCCACCCACCUCCUCUCCAGGGUCCUGUUUGCCAGAGUUGUAUCUGGAGGCAGCAGCGGCGCUGAUCCAGGCAGGCCGAGCCUUGGAUGCUUUGACUGUAUGUGAGGAACUGCUUAGCCGUACUUCAUCUCUGCUUCCCAAGAUGUCCUCCUUGUGGGAAAAUGCCAGAAAAAGAACCAAAGAACUGCCAUACUGCCCAAUUUGGGUCUCUGCCACCCACCUGCUUCAGGGCCAGGCCUGGUCGAAACUAAAGGCUCAAAAAGAGGCACUUAGUGAUUUUAGCCAGUGUCUUGAGCUGGUCUUUCGGGUCCUACCUAAGGACAAACAAGGUGCAGGCUCCAAGUGUGAGCAGAAACACACUUCCGAUGUGGCACUGCAACAGCUUCAAGUGACUGCACUGAUUAGUCGUGGACUGGAAUGGGUGGCCAGCGGCCAAGAUAACAAAGCUUUGAGAGACUUCCUCCUCAGUGUGCAGAUACGCCCAGGCAACAGAGACGGUUCCUUUUACCUGCUUCAGACUCUGAAAAGAUUGGAUCGGAAGAAUGAGGCCAUUGCUUUCUGGCGGGAGGCCCAAACCCAGCAGCCACAGGAAGAAGCUGCCUGGUCUCUUCCAUUGUAUUUAGAAACCUGUUUGAGCUGGAUCCGUCCCCCUAACUGUGAAGUCUUCCUGGAGGAGUUUGGGACAGCGCUGUUGGAGUCUUGUGACCUAUAAUCUCCUUGUUUCCAGGAGCCUGAACUUUGGCCUGUGUGGGCCAUCUCUAUGGGGAGGGUUUUUGGUUUGUUUUUGUUUUUUUUUGCGUAUCCUCUUUGGAGAAUGGCUAGAACUUAUUGUUUCUAUGUACACUCCACCUGUGCGGUUGGUUGGUCCUGUGAACCUUGGUCUACUUACUGCCAGUCUAGUUCCUGAAUCGUUCCAUCAACCAAUCAUUGACUUUGCUUGUGGCACUAUUUUUUUCUUUUCUGUUUUCUUUCCUUCCUUCCUUCCUUCCUUCCUUCCUUCCUCUCCUUGUGUGUGUUGAGUAACAUCUCAUAUUUAUCUUUUAUCUGUUCACUAUGCAUGGAUGAAUGGGAAGGCUCAUGGUGGACUACUUGGGUGUUGGGUAUUUAAGGUGUUCUAUUCCCAGCAUCCAUCUUCUGUCUGCCCUCCCUGAUUCCCCAACUUUUCUCUUCCCUCCCACUUUCCUUUUGGUAGGUUGGAUUCUGGGGACUAAACUCCAGUUCCUCACACAUAAGUCCCCAGUCCCUCUACCUCACCUACCCCAUCUAUCUUAGGAGCUUGAAGUGUGAGUAUGAGGAAGAGGCUACAUUAAUCUUUGUGGGGAAAGAGUGAAAUAGUCCUUUUUAAGUUAUUAUUAAAAUUUUUAAUUACUUAUUUUAA